UUUAAUUGAUUGUAUAUUUCAUCAUUUCCCACCACACCCCCCACCUUUCUGCAUUUUCAUAUUUGCGCUUCAUUUUCAUUCAUUGCUUCUGUUGGAGAUUCCAUUACAGUUCCAACAACAACCGAAAAAAAAAAAAAAAGAAAAGAAAAACACUAACAUCAAGAAAAUCUAUAAUUAUUUUCCUUCACAUUGAUUGUAUAUCACGUUUUGGCCCCCCUGUUUCACGGGUUCUUCGCCUUUUCUUCAAUACCCAUAUUUUGUUUUCUCGUUUUUUUGGCAUUGUUAUUGGUUUUUGUUUCUGGGUUUUUGUGUAUUGCAUCCAUGGAAGGUGCAUUCUGUUGAUUUAUGAAAUCUGUAUAUAAAUUUUACGGGGAAGCUCUGGGAUAUAUUGCAGUGUACAUUAUAGGUGAUCUUCAUUGUGUAAACAUAGAUAGUUGUUAAUAACAGAGGUAAAGACAUGGCAACUGCAAUAGGUAGAAAGGUAGCUCCUGCACGGAAAAUGGUGGCAUUUGGUUCUUAUCAGAUUCGAGCUGAGACUCUGGUUAAAACUUAUUUGUUAGCUGAUCCUUCGAUACCUUACACUUCUGUCUUUGUUGGCAUAUUUGCUUGCAAAAUGGUUUAUGAUGUAUGUCAACUGAUCAGCAGUUUUUACUUUAGGACUUACACUACCCUAACAAAAAUUCAAAGGAUUGAGUGGAACAACCGUGGCAUGUCAACAGUUCAUGCCAUUUUCAUAUCUGUCGUGUCCAUGUAUUUUGCGUUCUGGUCCAAUCUUUUCUCUGAUCGCAAUCACGAUGGCCUUUUAAUCACCAGAAGUUCACCACUAUCAACUUUUACAUUAGGGGUAUCAGCUGGGUACUUUCUUUCAGACCUUGGAAUGAUUUGCUGGUUUUAUCCUUCUUUGGGUGGAGUAGAGUAUGUUGUCCAUCAUUCUCUUUCAGCAAUUGCUGUAGCAUACUCCAUGUACACUGGUGAAGGACAACUUUAUACAUUCAUGGUACUCAUAUCCGAGGUGACAACUCCAGAGAUCAACAUGAGAUGGUUUCUUGAUACAGCUGGAUUGAAAAGAUCUAGUGCAUAUCUGAUUAAUGGUGUGGUGAUAUUUUUUGCAUGGUUGGUUGCAAGAAUAUUGCUGUUCAUUUACAUGUUUUACCAUGUCUAUUUGCACUAUGAUCAGGUCAUCCACAUGCACAUUUUCGGUAUUCUUUUGGUUUUUGGAGUCCCGGCAGCUCUUGGUGUGAUGAACCUAAUGUGGUUUGGCAAAAUUAUCAAGGGGUUGAAAAAGAAUCUUCUAAAAAGGCUGUGACGAGAUGUCAGUUCUCAGUUUGAUGCAUUUGUCCCAUGAACUCCUCCGUACUGUACAAAUGGAUUGUAAGGUAGCUAGGGAAAAGGGAAUGAGAGAAGGGUUAAAAGACAUCGGAAGAAUAGACAGUAAAGUCAACCGAAACCAAUACAUGUAACUGGAUACUGGCAAAGCAUGUUCAAGAAGCUCACAUGCGCUAUAUCUACUGUGAGAAGGAAAGUAGAACGAUUCAGUGAGAAACCCAAUGGGAAGUAAGUUGCACGUACCCUGUAUAUGUAAUCUGUUCAAAUGUCACAGUUGUUUCCAUGCGCUAAACAUCUCAGAGCCAGUAUAUUCCACUUCCAUGUUAGCGUGUUCAUAUAAUUUUGUUGUUUCCUUCAACUAAUCGUGUACAAGCCAUCUUAUUUUGCUUUUAUUCUCUGUUUGGUGUCACGUCUUGAAGACUUGUAUAGUUUUUGAUGUACUACCAGGUGUUUCAUUUCCUUGUAAAGAUGUAAGUGUUCAAAUGUGGAGAAAUAUGAACUUUGUAUUCUCUUGCCCGUAUUUAAUGUUGCAGCAAAGAUAAAAUACAGAUGACAAA